AUCUGGGGCAGACUACUCUGGGCUACUUGUGUUCAGGAUCUACUUGCAUGGUAUACUGCUUGAGUUUUCUGGUCCGGCUUUGUUGUUGCCGAUAGUUUGUUCACUCUGUUUAGGGAGUUGAAAUAAACAUACAGUUCAAACACAGGUUUGGUGCUCCCUGCCAAAGUCCUCUAUCUCUUCUGACAAACAGACUGACGAAAAUGUCUGCGCCCAGAGGAAUCGAAAUAGAACCUCCACCAAAUGGUUUUGUCGAAGCGUACCAGACACUCUUCAGUACCAAGUCCAUUCUGUUUCUGGCCGAGCUGACGACCACAUUUCAAGAAGAGGUUGACAGGAUACUGAAGCUCAGAACCUCCAGGAAGGUUAGUCUUGACCUGACAGGAGAUGUACCGGGAUUCUCAGAUGAAACGGCUCACAUCCUCAAUGAUGCAACAUGGAAGGUGCUCCCAGUGCCCGAAAGGCUGCAGAAGAGGCACGUGGACAUCGGAGACCUGGCGCCCUGCGACACAGAACGCUUCAUACAGGGGCUGAGAUCUUCUGCGCAGGGCAUCCAGGUGGAUUUUGAUGAUGGAAACUGCCCAACGUACCGUAAUCAGAUCAAGGGAAUUUAUAAUGUUUUCAAGGCAGCUCAUAAUCAGUUUCAUGACGCCCCGCCAAUCUCCCAAGCUCCUGUUCUGAUGCUCCGCCCUCGCGCCUGGAACAUGGUGGAGCACAACAUGAUGAUGAAUGGAAGGCAGGUGCCUGGACCUCUGUUCGAUUUUGGGCUGUUGAUGUUCCACUGUGGAAUGCAGCUUUUUCAGAACAACAGUGGACCUUUCUUUUACCUGUCCAAGGUUGAAAGCUAUCUUGAGGCAAGACUGUGGAACAAUAUAUUUCUUUGGACUGAAGAUAAGCUGGGCCUGCCCAUGGGCAGCAUCAAAGCCACGGUGCUGAUUGAAAACAUACUGGCUACCUUUGAGAUGGAAGAGAUUCUGUAUGAACUCCGGGACCACUCUGCCGGCCUCAACUGCGGCAUCUGGGACUACUCUGCCUCCUUUGUAAACAAGUUUGGUCACCGCCCAGCGUUCCUGCUUCCUGACCGCAGCAAGUAUGUGAACAUGGAGAAGCAAUUCCUCAAGUGCUACAUGGACCUGCUGGUGCAGACCUGCCAUAGACGAGGGGCACUGGCCACAGGCGGCAUGGCAGCACUACUGCUGCCCAAGGACAAAAACAGCGCCCUCUACAGCAAAGUCCUUGCUACCGUCACCAGGUUAAAAUUGCUGGAGGUCAGUGCUGGAGUUGAUGGUUUUAUGGUCUAUGACAUGGACUUAAUAGAACCAAUGCAGCAACUAUUUCAGCAACACACACAGGGAGAUAACCAGUUGGAUGAGCUCCGGGAUGACUUGACAGUUACCCCUGCUCAGUUACUAACCAUGCCAGCGGGCGGGGUCACCCUCUAUGGCCUGAAGUACAACAUUGCUGUCGGAAUCCUAUUUAUUGAGGCGUGGCUUCGAGGAAAAGGCCAUUUCUUCUACAAGGGUCAGGUGGAGGAUUCAGCCACAGCAGAGAUCUCCAGAUCCCAGGUGUGGCAGUGGAUCCGUCACCAAGCAAAGUUGGAGGACGACAACAGGGAGGUCACAAGUGGUCUGGUGAAGAGCCUGACCCAGGAAGUGAAGGAAGACCUCAGGGAGGUUCUAAAAAGUUCCACUGUGAGGGAUGUGCAGAGGCUUCUCACUGCUACUUCCAUGUUCCUGGAGGUUGUGCAAAAGAGCGAGUUCCCAGAAUUCCUCACCACCUACCUGAGCGAGGACCACACCUUCCUUGCCUCCCAGGUUCAAAAUGAGGAGGGAGAUGCAGGGGGGGCUCCCAGGCACAAACUAUGACCCCUUCCAUUAGGGACACACAUGGAGAAACCGCCAGCCUUCCAUUUUAAAUAACAACAAAUUAAUAAAAUUAUUCAGUUGAAUAAAGCAAUAAAAUGCAUUAUUGGUA